UCAGAGGAGCUUCAGCUUCACAGAUAAGCAGCAAAGGCCAGUUAAUCAUUGACUUAAUGCUAAAUUUAAACUAAACUUCAGGCAAGACUUAAAUUGAGGCUGUGUGCUAAUAUUGUACUCUCAUUAAUCAAAGUUUCCACGUUGUCUUUGUAGAUACUUUAAUGUUAUUCCAUGACACCCUGCAGAUAUUUCUCACGGGCAUCUUGGCAGAGAUAAGGCAGCACAGUCACAGUUUUGGUUUGGUGAGAUAAGCCUCUGGUGUAAAAUGAAACCGGAGCUCUGCAUGACUCCUUUGUUUGCAUACUUGGCAAGUUUCAGGGUUGGGGUAAUGAUAAAAAUCCUACGAGGUUAAAAAAGAGGGAGUAUCUGCAGGUCAGAGUGCUGGAGAAAACCAGUGUGUUGUAAAUGUUUCUACUCACAGCAACAGAUUCAAAGCGAUAUGCCUUAAAGCUCCUCCAUAAAGCAGACUGUGCUGCAGGUGCACUGAUGAGAUUUACAGCAGAGCAAAGCAUUGACCAGCCCGGGGAGCAGCUGGAGGAAUAAUUACUAUAAUCAAAACAAAUCUAGAAGAACUACUCUGUUUUAAAACCCUACCAACACAACCCCACAACGCUGACACCCCAAUGAAAUGUGUGAGUGAUAUUUUGGUACAGAGAAGCUGUACUAAAUUGCAGGUUUACAAAUUCAAUUCGCACAUGUUGUAGGAAUCUGAAUUUGCAGAUCCCAUGCUACAAGUUUAUGAUCUUAUACCUUUCCCCGGGACCAGCAGCUGGAUUUGUGGUUCACACAUUUAGGUUAAGUUUACUUGUGUAACAGACAAACAUCUAUUACAGUUAUACGAUAACAUGCAAAAUGAAAGAAAGAGUCCUGCUUGACCACAGAAUUUUGAAAGAUUCUUCCUAAAGAGGUUAGAAAUCACAUGAGAAAAAUAAUCAAUCCUUUUUAAAUCUUGUGAGUGAUCAUUACUUAUCUUGUUGUCUCAGUUUAACGUUCAUAAGCAUGGUUGUAAAAUCACUUUUUGUAAAAAGACACUACAAUAACAGGUAUUCCCAAAACUAUUUUACUAACUUUUUUAUGGCUAUUUAUUAUAUUUUAAAACAAAUAUUUAUUGUUGUUGUAUGUUUUUUAUGUUAUUAUGUACAGCACUUUGUAUGAGCUUGAUUGUAUUUCAAGUGCUCUAUAAACAAACUUGAUUGAGUUAUUUUUUUAUCAAAAAAAGGAAGAAACUUUAAACCUCAUCUCAACACACCUCCACAUUUUUAUGGCUAUAACAGCUGCUUUGGGCCUGGACUUCCAACUCCUGAACUUGUAUUGCUGUUAUUUCGUAUUCAAACAGAAUUGCAACAUAUCCUGCAACAUCUUUCUUUCUUCAAAAGUGAAAAAACUACUUUUUUCUUCUUACUCACCUCCUAAAAUCAGACCAACAUAACAAUUGCUGACUAGGCCAACACGGGACCAGGCCUGGGGUUAUUUGAGGAUGAAUAACAACAACGUAACUGUUUAUUUAACUCAUUGUUUGAAGAUAUUCGUGUUUUUGUUGGUGAGUUUGUGGAUAAAUGGGACUAAAUGGACGGUUACUGGUCUCAAACCAAAAAAUAACGUAGAUCUACGAUCACUCACCUGUAGCUGCGAGGAGGAACAAAGCCACCGAAACCAGCCCGCCGAGAGACAUACCGAUAAGUUUGGUCCUUCUCUUCAGACACGACUACUUUCCUUCUUCACUAUACACAAAAAAGAUGAACAGAAAGGUUUCUCACAAAGACAGAACAAUAUUCCCAACUUUUUGUUCGUUGUAUCGAUGUUUCUGUCUGCAAUAACUGCGAGGCCUCACCUGAGGAGUCCGCCCAGGUGACAACAACCUUUCACUUCCGGUAAGUGGAUCCUCUCAGGUGCCGCAGUGACGACAGAGUGGAAAAACAGGUUAGGUCAAGAGAAAGCGCAUUCACAUUCAGGAAAGACGAGAGGAGGUGGAGCAAGCAAGUUGUAUAUUAGCCAGACUCAAAGUAGGCUAAGCUAAUAAAAUAACAGAAAAAAAAAACAGCUGGGCCAAGUCACUGACCACUUAGCUGUAAAAUCUGACUGAGAAGUUGGGUUUAGUCCUUCUUUCACUCAAGAUAAGAUACAGCUGAACGAUUUCGCGAGAUGUUUUAUCGCCUUUAUCUAUAUUUCUGUAUUAGUCAUUACUGACAUCACAGCAGAAGUGAAACCGUAAUGCAACAACCACUACAUUUUGAAAUGACUACAGUCUUGACUCAGUAAUGGAAAAUAAAUGCCAUUAAUUCCUUUAAAAUAAAUAUGACAAAGGAUAGGGGAGAGUGGGGUAAGUUGAGCCACCCCCUGUUGCCUGGAAAUGGUAAAAGAAAUUGAUCAUGUGACCAAAUAUUUAGGAGAUGGGCAUCAAUAUAGGAGUCUGUGAAGGUUAUAAGCACAUGGGAAAAGGGGUUUAGAUAUUUAUCUAAAAAAAUACAUUUUUCACUCUUGAAAGUGAAUUUAUUCUGUCAUGAGUUUUGUUAGAAUUGUGUUCAGACCAAAAAAGAUCAUUUUAAAUAUGUUUUAUACAUCAAUUGUGGUAUCUUUGAACUAUAACAUGAGAUCAAAAACCUAACAUAAUAGUCCACCAUUUUAGCUUAGAGGACUAUUAUGAAAUGUGACUCUGAUGAGAGGAUCAGAGUUUCAGUUCAGAUUAUUGAAAUGUGUUACUUUUUCUUUUCAAAAAUACAUCUGUGAAUGUUCUGAAUCACUUAAAGGCAUUCUCAUGUUAAAAUGUCUUUUUACAAAACAGCUUUUUAGCAGUUAUAUGCAAUAAUAAUAAAAAAUAAUUAUUGUACCAGUUGAAUAGCAUAUAAUAGAUAAAAAUACACAUGAAUGUGAAGAAGUGAUUCGGCUCAACUUACCCCGCUCCUAUGGUCAACUUACUCCAUACAUGGGGUAAGUUGGCCAUAGGAGACCACUUUUUUUGGCAUGCUAUAUUAUCAAGACAGUUGUGUUCACACUCAUUCUGUUGGUUUGCAGGGAUGCACAACAUCUUGAAAAUAUGCAGAUACACUAGUUAGAGACAAAAGUAUGAUUGCCUUGAUGUAGUGAUCUGAAAUAUGAAAGUGGCUCAUCUUACCCCACUCUCCCCUACUAUCAUGGUUAAAUGUUAUGAAAUGUAAUAUAACAAUAACUUGGGGAUAAUACCAAGCUUCCUCGUGGUACAAUUCAAUAUUUACAUUUAUUCUAACUUAAAUAAAAAAUUUAAUUCUUCCAGGAAUUUAAACCACUGUACAUUAUUUAAAUGUACAGCUGCUCUCUGGAAAUGUAUUAAAGCACAAUUCAACACAGAUACUGUGGCUGCUAGCAGAGUACAUUUUUCAUAUUAGUGCCUCAGGUAAACAUAGUUACAAUGGAUUUACUGUCUUUUACAUUGCUGCUGAAUAUCUGCCAUAGUGAAUGCAACAGUAUAUUACGUUGCCCUAUUAUGCAAUUAAUUUGUCCUCUUUUUCUCUCAUUUUAUAAGUGUUGAAAAUACCCAGGCAAGAUUUAGUAUAUUUAUAUUCUCUUUUUAAUUCAUUUGUGAAAAUACAUGUUGUGGCAUACAAGUUAUAAAAGGCUGAGUAUUACUAAUUUUCAUACAUAAAUCCUGUACAAAACCUACUCACACAAGACACUCCCUUUGUGUUUUUUCCGCUUCCCCAUGACUAUAGACCUUUCUAUCGUUAUCGUCAUUUUUGUCACACUUUCAGGUACAAUCUGGUUGAUGCAGUGCUGCCCUCUGCAGGGCAAUCACUGCACCUUCAGUACUUUUCAUACCAGUAACAGUGCAACUGCAUGCAAAUGGUCAUGCAUAAACACAUUUGAUUUGAUUUUGGCAGAAAGUUCCAUGUAUUGAGGAUUGUUUUUAUUAAUAUCAUAAGUUUCAGUUUUGUUUAUUGUCAUAAUACAGUACAUAGUACAGCAGUGCUCUUCAGUGCAAUUAAAUGAUUGUGCUUUGGCUACAUACCACCUACUCAACUACAUAUGUGAGUAAAAAUUCUUUACAUAAUGACCAGAGAGAUCAGCGUACCAUAUAAAGCAUAUUUUGUGUAAAUCUUUUAACAAAACCUUUAGUGUGAAUCUACAUAAACUUUAACAUUCAGAGGCUUACUGUGUUUUUGUGACAACAAGCUUCAGCUCGACAUGGAUCAUGUGUCUCAGGCACAAGUGAAAGGCAAAUAAAAAACUUUUGGUUUCCUUCGUCAUAAGAGUUUAGGGACAUUGUACAUUGUCCCCUCACAAUAGACUAAAGUAAAAUACAGACAUUAUUGCUCAUGCAUACAUUGGUCAAAACCUGUUUGAAAGUUUUAGUUUCUCUCCAUUUCAUUCAGUGAAUCCCUGCCAAAACUAUCGCUGAUGCCCUUCCCAGUUCUUAUCGACAGGUACAACACAAUCUUCCACUGGAGGGCCUGUGAGGCACAAGGUCUCCUCUAUCUGCCCUCUUCAUUUGGCAGCCAAGAAGAGACACGGGGGACGCAUUUCAGUCAGGCAAAAUAGAUUGCCUUCUUUAAAGAGUGAUGAAACUCAGCAUUAAUGUCACAUUGCAGUGUAAAACUUUACAUCACUUUUGAGCAGGGAUAAUUUAAAUCACCAGAUGGCUCAGGAGCAGCAGCCUUUAUCCCUCUAUAUAAUGUAAUUCAUCUACCAUCCUUAUUGUUAGUUCACCUGCAUAUCUUGUUUUCAAGAUAUUUGGAUACAGUCACAAAAACUACUGAUUGUAGAUAUUGAACCAAACAAAAUAUACAUCUCCACUCAGAGUACCUGUAAGUCAGAUUCAUGUUUUUCACUCAUCACUCUCUUUGGCAGAUCUGCCAGAAACAAACUCGGAUCAUACAGAUUUCUGCUGUACAGCUGAACAGCUGUUUCUUUGUGAGAGUAUUGUAGAGUAUAAAGGCUAUGCAUAAGUACAUGUGCUUAGUAUUGAGUGCAGACAUAUGCAGAGUAAGCAGGCCUGUGACAUAUCAGGUAUAUACUGUACGUAGAUGUGGUUUAACUUAUUGCACUUUGUGCAUACACACAACUUCAAGAGAGAGUCCAACAGCAGUCACCAGGUAAUUAUGGGUGCAGCGUUAACAUAUGCAGCAGUUUGAUGCCUUGUUCACAGCCAGUGAAUUUCCAGCAGCAUUGGAAGUGUCAUCAAGGUCAGCAGUAGGCCACUGCAGCUCUGAAACAGGACACUCCACGCUGAGCAGGGGAGGAGGAGCUCUGCAAUAAGAACAAUAAUGCAGGUUCAGAAGGAGGAGCAUUUAGCUCGGCGGUCAAUCAAACACUUUCAUUUGCAAGUAAAACAAAAGGAUAUGCAUAGCUGUAAUGCAGACUUGACUCGAACACAUGUAGCUUACUUUUGUCCACCACUGAGGUUUUGGUCGCGAUCACUGAGUCAGCAUAUUUGAUGUUGCAGGUGAAGUUGGACCUGCCAUUGGGUAGGCCUUUAAACAGCAGGCGACAGAUAUUGCCUGGGAAGAUGCGGGCUUUGGCGCGCUUCCUGAAGGGGGCAUGCUGCUCCUCGUCUGGGUCCGUGGUGUCAAAGAGUCGUUCACCAUGGGUAUACUUGCAGAACGGUUCUGGUGACUCAGCGGGAAGCGCAUAUUUGCAGUCCAUCCUGAGGUUGUGUUCAUCCAAAGAGCAGUAGGAUAACUGAAUGAUUUUCUGGGCUGAUGCUAAGCCUACACAAAGUAUGACAAAAAGAAUUAGAUGCUCCCUCAACCCAUUAGAAAUACAAAAUUGUAGAGUGAUUAGUGGUCCACAAAGUGAGAGACAAUCAUAUUGAGAGAGGAAGCAAGCGAACAAAGAGGAAAUUUUCUCAGUUGAUCAUGAAAACUAUAAAUUUUCUUACCAAAGAGCAAAAUUGUGGUAAAAAAGAACAUUUUCCAAACUUUCCUGCAAAAUAGAAAAGAAAGAAUAUUCAUUCAGAAGACAUAAUCUCAAGGCACUUACUAUACGCCACAACCACACAGCAGCUUCAUUCAUUUGUCAUUCACGUCUUUACAAUAUUGAGGUUUGAAUCAAAUAAAGCUGACACUGCUGUAAAGAGCAGGCUCAGAUUUCAAAGACAUGAAUACCACACUUCUGCAGCUCAUUGCAAACCCUCAGAGGUUACUGGAGAAAAGCCACCGUACCAUUAUACUAGACAACAAUACAGCCUCAAAGACAUAAACUGCAAACUUCUCUGGUGAAUUGCCAACAUUGACACAUUUCUGCCCUUAAUCUCCCUGGAGAACACGAGCAGAUUGUUUGCCGUCUUGUGUUCAAUAUGUAAAGAAAGCACAUAAAGCUGCUCACCUCUGUUUGGUUUGCUUGAUGCAAACCCACUCUCGCCUUCAUUCAAAUAUUUGCUCUAGUGCUGACUCCAGUGUUAAAACAAAUAAUCCAUUGAGGCUCAAAGAAAAUCAUUGUGCACCAAAGCACACUCCAAAUUUUGAACACAUCCAGUAAAUCACAGGACAUAAAUCACUCUCACCUUGUCUGAUGCAGUUUGAGCUUUCCUCACAGCUCUGCAGUGUGAUGCCAGGGGUAGAUACAGUAGAGGUCGGCUUAUAGACGAAACAGAGGAGAGAGGGAGGGGGACAGAGAGGGAGACGAGGGGAGGAGGAGAGAGAAGGGGGGAGAAAAUGCUGCUCCACUGGACUUUGGGGACAUUUCUCAGUAUUGUGUAAGGCUUUUCUAUUGAUUUUUACUUGCUGUUUUACCAAGGAACAAAGGAUCACAUGUCAAUAAACAAACAUGGAGAGAGUGAAGUUAUGCCCUGCGUGAAGAGGACAAAAGGAAACAUUAUGAUGAGGGUUUCAUUAGGUGAGACCCUUCAGCAGCUGUUCUACAUUUCCUUAUGCAGUGUUUCAGUCCAGUGGGUGUCAGCAGUUUCUCAGCUUCUAUCAUCUACAUAAAUUUGAAUAAAUACAUUUAGAAACUAAAUAAACAGAUGAUUAACAACAGCUAAUGAAACAAAGAUCUAUUAACAUCUUCAUGAGGGAUUAACAUAUGACAGACGUUAACAGAAGAUCACUGAAGUAGAAAAGAUGUUUGCGGACUGUGUCAGUUAUCCCAUCAUCACCACUUUAGUAUCAAAUUUAAACAGAAAAAAGCAUCAAUACAUGUCUCUUAUCCCAUAAAGCUGGCUAAAAUUAGAAAGUUAAAGUGUAUCAUUGGAUUUUAGCCCUAAGACGGCUUUUUUUUCAAGGGUCAACCUGGCAGAGAUCAUCCUGGAAAAUGAUCCAGGAUCAAUAUUGUAUCUGACACUAACAUGCUUCAACAUUUGAAUAAUGGUUUUGAGUUAUACUCUCUGUGUAUUUGUACCGAGGCUGGAGAGAAACAUCCUUUUCGAUCCCUGUGUAUGUACUGUACUCACAUAUAGCUGACAUUGACAACAGAAGCUUGAAUCUUGAGAUGAGAGCAAAAUGCGCCGCUCUAAUGAAGUCAUAGUCCCCCAAAACAAGUCAACACCAGAAGCUUUUCUUAAAAAUUAGCAGCAUUCUUUCACACUCUUAACUGUUAUUAGUACUGCGUAUGAUUUAGAUGAGUUUGUGACAAUCAACAACUAAGAGAAACUCUCACCAGUUCUGCUGCCAUUGCCUGGAUUGCAGGACAGGAUCUUGCUCCACUUUUCCCCUAUCAGAGAUGGUUGGGGCCUUGUAGCUUCUCCACCAGCUCUCCCAACCAGCCUUAAAUCGACGCUUCCUUUUGCCACAGUGUCAACCGGCAGAGGUAUGUGCCUGACAUUCCACAAAUCAAUUUGUUAUGAAGUAUGUGAUCAAGUUACUCCUAGCAUCUUAUUCGCUGUUGAGAAUUAAUCACAACUUUCAUGAUCGAUUAGAAUCAAGUAUUUAAGACUGCUGAGUAACUAUGGCACACAAUUUUUAAGUUGUUUGGACAGUUAUAUGCAUAUUUUUGUUUCAUGAGAGAAAGGGGCCAGGGAUCAGCAUGGUCAUAAUUCAUCUUCAUUCAGCUCGUUUGACACCUCCAUCAUUUUUUGGUACUUGAAUCAGCUGUUGUGAGACUUUGUAGUCUGAAUUUAAGUGGUGGAUAAACCAUCUUCAUCCCAAGAGAAACAUAUUACAAACAUGGCCUGACAUUAGCUGGCUUGGUGUAGAGGUACUCUAAUGUGGAAGUGCAUGCAGGACUGAGGCAUUUCUCAUCUGGUAGUGCUUGUAUCUUUGCAGCUAACUGAAUUAUAGAAUGGAUGAUAACAUAUGUAAAGAAGUUCAUGGCUUCAAAUGGCACAGCUUUUGUUAUUCCUGGAGUCAUUUUGUUUUUGGUUGUCAGGACACUUGGAGCAGUACCACCUCAGAGGAUAGUUUCAGGAUUCAGGACUGAGAUAUCUGCUGAGAUAUACCUGAAACAUCCCAGUAAUCAGUUGUAGUAGUUACUGAUUUUCCCUGUCACCUGCCUGAACAGAGACACCAUAGCAGCCCUUUUUGACUGUUUCUGUAUAUGGCAACAUAUUGAUGUAAAUACAAAAGGCUUUGGUUAUGGAAAGUCUGCAUCAUGUUGUCUAACACAUUGAUUGUAAGCAGGAUUUUUAAAUCCACAAAGCUGGAUAUAUUGUAUCCUCUGUAUCCUCUGCACACUGCUCAUCCAUAUUGUCAAGGUCUUUGCUGGACAGUUGCUGAACACUCUCAUUCUGAAGCAGUCUCAAAGGACCCUAACCGACGCUGUAGCACUCUCUGAAAGGCACAGCCACUAAUGAGACUGGGGAUAUCUGCUGCUUGGACUGUGAAUUAUAAAACAUAUCAGGCUGCAUAUUUUUGAGGUUUAAGGCUCCUACAUUUCCUCUAUUAGAGCAGAGACAGCAGGUGUAGUUUAGUGAUCCCUGCCAAAAGUUUACAUUAGAGAUUCUGUGCCCAAGAUUCCUGCUGCUCCUCUGCUGGAUGCUGCUGUUAAAACACUGCAGAUAAAACAGAGACCUCACCUAUUCGCCCUUGGUGAUGUACACUGAAUUAAAAAAAUACAAACAAAUCUGCACUAUAAUACUACACAAGGGUUGCAUUAGCAAACGAUGCCAUCCUUUUUUGAAGAUUUCUACAUUUCAGAGCACUCAGCUGUACAGUUUUCCAGUAAUUUGCCCUUUAAGUUUACCACUCAUCUUACUGUUUCUUUUCAAUAAAUCGUUGUUUCUCUUGAUCAAACUGUAAACAUUUCUGUUCCUCGUGUGGCAUGUUUUUAGGAAAAUCUAUUUUCUCACCCUGAGGAAAAGCAGGGCCACCAUUUCUGUGGGUUACAGACAGAUGCCAAAUGAAUGUGGCUAACCUUAUUCUUUUUCUGUGUGCAUUAGAUAUCUGUCUUUCUUUCAUCUAAAUGUAACAGAGAACAUUUUUAAAGAAUUGUUGAAAGAGUGCAAUAAAGCUUUUAUUUCUGAAUGAAUGAUAGAGUGUUAAAGAGUUUGCUCUUCUGCAAAAUUUUCAUCAUUGUGGAUCCCUGAAAAAUGUAUGAUACAUCACAGUAUAAUACACAUUUUUUAAGCAGUUUAGUGUAAAUAAAAUAUAUAUUUUUGUCCCUCUGUCCCAAGCUAUAGUGUUCAGACUGCAUUAGCACACUGUCAUCUGUUGCCAAAAUCAAGCCUCAGGCAAAGCAGCACAACCAGACGUGCUUUGUGGCUACAUCUGGACCAUAGACUGUAUAUACUACAGUCUAUGAUCUGGACACAAUGAACAACUAAAUGGAUUAACCUGGCACUUUGUCUCUAUUUGUAUGAAGUGUUUUCUACUGAAGCUUCUUGUACAAUAAAUGAAGGGAAAAAAGGAAGAACAUCUCCAGGACUUUACGGCUAUUUCUCAGGAAAAUCUACAGCAGGAGAAGGGUGUAGGUCACUCUUGUUAACUUUUAGAAGCUUAAACCCUUUGCAAGGCCUUAAGUUAAUUGAAAAUAUAAUUAAAGCUAACCCCCAAACCUUUUAAUACAUAAGAAAACGUCCUGCACUCACUCCUCUUUUACGCAAGAUGUCACCAAAGCGUCGUUUGCCAUAUUUAUUAUAUUAGUUCUGGUGCUUCCAGAAGUUGCCCUGCAGAGGGAACCCUACUUUAACAACGAGAUAUGAUAGCCCCCCAAAAAUAACUACUUUCUUUGUGAGGAUGGUAGCUGCAGAAAGAUGAGACACAAACACAGAGAUUGCUCUUGAUCUCCAGUUCCCAUCCAUUUUAAAUGAAGCAAAUAAGCCAUGAAAGCCUUCAUUAUGGGCGCUUGACCUUUCUGGACAGUGGAGUAACUUUGUUUCCUGAUACAUGGAAGAGUAGAAAAAAUCCCCUUGAAUUUCUUGGCUGCUUUUCCGUGUCAUGGGAAGAGUUAAGUGGGGAUCUUGUGGAACAUUUGAGUUUAACAGCAGAUGUCUGAGAGUGCGAGUGCACAAGUGAGGGCAUUCAGAGCAUCGAAUAGCUUUACACUGAAGUCAGCGCUGUGCUGCUGAAGCUGCGCCGCAUAUCAACAACACACGGGCUCAGCUCCGCCCUGGGACGGCGACCACAGGCUGGGGUAAGACCACACGACUCAUCUGCAGACUAGAGAAAAUAAGCUGUAAGCGUGUAAGUGGAAAUGAUUUUAAAUGGCCAUUUCGGUUUUUUGCUGGAGUGAGAUGAGCAUGUCCGUGGGUGUCUGCUGCUCCUUUUACCUGCAGUGAGGAGAGGAUGGGAGCUCUGCAGUCUACUGCAGCACUUAGACACUGCAGGGCGUAGUCUUUCUGCAUUUGGGCUGCAGGUUAUCCAGGCCUGCUAACGCUACCCUUUUUGGGCAUAGUGGCUUUGCAUUUGGCGCAGUUUUAGCUCGAAUGUGUUUGUUAUUAAACUAGCAUGGUGUGUUUUAUGCAUGCAUCACUGAUUGUAUUCUGAUAUGACUGCGUGCAAACUUUGACAUGAUGUCCCAUGUUCAACUUUGGCAGGUGUUAAGGCGGUGUGAAGGUUAUUGAUGUGAGUGGAUAGAAAUCAAUCAAUCACCAUGGAGCUGCAUCUGUUCGCCGCGGCCUGUCUCCUCUUUUGCAGGAUAAUGGUGACGCAUCAAACUCAACACAGUAUGUCUCAUUUUGUAUUUGACAAUUGCUUUUUACUGUGAAUUCUGCUAAAGAGACACGACUGUAAUUUGAAGUUUCACCCAAAAUCAGGUUGUUAAUUUUCUCUCAUUCACUUAGACUUAAGUUGUAUCAGGGGCUGGGAGUGGAUUCUUGUAUUAAAAUGAAAGAAAUGUACGUUUUGUUUACAUUUUUUGGUAAAUCUGAGGUUAUCCAUAAAAACUCAGGGGUGGGCAGUGAGGGCAUCAGUACCACAUUACACCACAAGGAUCAGUAACUCUACAUUUAGAUACUGUUGAAUCCAUAUGUUUGGGUUAAAGUGUUAAAUGUUUGCCGGAAGGUUAGGUAUCUCUUCUCUAAGUUUAUCUUUAGAUUCAUUACAGGAGGAUGGGGAAGGCUAAAAUACGGGGUUAUGCAAUCCCAAGUUUCAUAUCACAGUGGUUCGCGUUUAUUGUAUAAUUAAACUUUGAUGAUCACAGUUUUUUUUUGUUUGUUUAUUUGUUUUGUUUUCUUGAACUUAAUAAGAAUAUUAACACCAGCAACUCUCACAUGGUACGCUCAUGAUGCAAAAUUGCAAACUCUUUGGUCAGCAAGGUGGCACAAGUGGACCUUUAGAGGUUAAAAAUCAAGAUAUAUCUACUAUUUCAUCCCAAAGUAGGGGUAGUUUUCAGGGUUUGAAAUACUUUGACUUUCUCAUUCUUAUGCUUAGGGGAGCUUACAAGUUGAUGGCAGUUGUUGGAUUGGCACUAUUUGUAAAGAAACCAUUGGACGGCAAUUCUGUGUUAUUUAAGCAGUAAGUUACAUGGUAUACUUGCUGCAGAUUUAAAUUAGAUGUCCCAGACAGUUGACAUGAACUCUGAUCAUAGACUGUAUAUACCAUGGACAACUUGGUUCCGCCAUCCGCCAGUAUACAGAUUCAAAGCCAAAAAGCUCUCGGUAUUUCUGAGUUUUCUCUCCACUUCCUGAAACCAACAUUGAAUAGUAGUGUUGUACGCACUCCACCACUUGCGCAGUAGCGGGUAUGUUCUGUGUAAUUAAUUUCUAAAAUUUGUCCACAGCUCUAUAGGGAUUGUUGGAGGAUGCAGGAUUUAUGACCUAUACUGCAGCCAGUCACCAGAGGGUGCUGUUCUCGGAGUAGCUUCACCCAGCGAGGAGGCAGACGGCGUCCAUUCUAUAUACAGUCUAUGACUCUGAUCAACAAAAUUGUAGCCUAUACCAAAAGCACACAGUAAAUCUGACUGUCUCCAACCUGUAAAAAAACCACUAUUGUUGAGACACUAUGAAAUACUGAAGACGCACAGAGAAAACACAACUGAGUAGCCGCUCUGGAAAAAUACUGAUUUUUCCAAGAGUUUAAUUUUGCAGUAGGUACCUCACAUCUUGUUUGUGUGUCUUUCAGUGAACCCAGUGUACAAGUUUCUCUUUGAACCACGCGGGCCUCAGAUGUUUCCAUGUCUAACGUACCUGGAGAGGAACGUCAGGGUGGACUGUGAGUUUCCAGAAACCCACCAGAUCCCCGGGCCCUACUGCGAGUAUCGACAGGACAGUCGGCUGGUGGGCAGCACUUACCCCAACGUAGUCCUCUUUGUGUCCACAGAGGACAGAAGAAGGAGCAAUGUUAGCUUGGUUAGCCCAAACCUGUGCCGCCUCACCUGGGCCCCGCUGGCUGAUGAGAGGCCUUUUACCUACACCUGCAGGGUUUACCAGGGCAACACCUGGAAAGAGAACAGCAUGGCUGUCCAUCACAGUGAGUAGAGUUCACAUUAGCCUGCUUUAUUCUCCAAACACCAUUAGAAACACUAUCUAAUCUCCUAUUCUGAUCUUCUGCAGGGAUCCUCCCAAUCUGCUCCGCCAUCAGCGUUAUGUUCAAAUCAGCGCCUUGGCUUUUAUCGCUGGUGAUGUCACUUCCUUUUGCUGUGGGUCUUUUGAGUCCAUGACCUUUUACGUUUCAGUGUUAAAAUCAACGGACCUUUCUUAAAUGAUUUCUAUUUCAUUCUGGCUUUAUGGGUGUCAACACUGAUUAUUUGAAAUUCUAUCAGUUUAUUUUUAGACAGAGAAGAGAAGCCAUGAAAACCCCUCAACAUAAAAACACAACAUAAAUCAACCUCUCGUUGAACGAUCACCUCUUCUUGUAAAUAAGAUUCACAGAGACCUAUAUGUAUAGAAACUAAAUUGAUUAAAUUUAUUUAGAAGAAUUUUUUUUGUAAUUCUUUUUAAAGCUGCCUAUAGAUUUAUAUUGCAUCUUAUAUUGCCAAACACGCACUAAAAUAUUUGUACAUGCACUAAAUUUAAAAGGGAUAUAUGUCCUUGAGAUUUCAAGAAUUGAGAGCCCUUUGAAGUUUAAAUUUAUUUUGCAAUUCAGUUAAGGGUGUAAUGUUGCAGCUUUUUAUGUGCCAUCAGUUCAUCUCCUAAAUUAAACCUCUUUUCAGUGUCUAAAUUGCGCUCAGCUAUACGUAUAACAUGUAACUUAAAUAGGUAUCCAGGUGGCUGACAUAGGUAUUAAGUACUAGCAAUGAAAAACUGUACAAACACUGCCUUUCUCGCUUUUGAUGCUAAUAUCCAAUACCUUUAGUAUCUUUGAGAAGAAUGAAAACAUCUACAUCCAUACCCCAGGUCAAUAUGUUAUAGCAAAAACAUAUAUAUUUUUUUUCUUCCAGAAUAGCACAAUACCAGAGAUUUCUCCCUCUGGAGAGCAAUAAAACAAAAAGAGGACAUAAUUAGGAUGAUUUCUCCUUACUUGAAGAAAAACAAUAAUAUUAAUUCACUGUGUUUCACUCAGUGCUUCCUUGCUUAUCUCCGUACAGCCUAAAAACACAUGUUGAUGUUUGUUUCUAUUACAAAAUGUGGAUAAGAUGAGCUUGUACCUCUGCACUCAUAUUGUACUGCUUUUUAAUGGAUAACGAAUUCAUUAUGCAGUUCAGAUAACAUCUGAUGGACACUUAAAUCGAGUCUUGGCUGUGUGACGAGGACAAGAUAUGUUGGAAGUUUGAACAUUAGUUAUUCACUGUAAUAAUCCUGGUGCAUAAAAAAUGUAUUACUGUCUUGUGCAAGCAAGCAUGUGUAAUUAUACACAAACGUGAAUGAGUUUGAUGAAUGAGUAUUCAAGAUUUGUGCUUUUUAAGGCAACUUUGCACUCCUGUAGGCUCUUUUACUGCUGCUUACUUAAUUUGUUGAUGUUUUUUACUUUUUGUUUUUUACAUUUUAAACAGUAUUUGUGUCCACAGUGCUUCCCAUAUUUGCUCUUAUUUUUGUGCCUCACAGCUACCUAUAAUUUUACAAUACUUGUAGUGGUCCUCAUUACAAAGAUGUCUUUAUACUUUCCAAAUAUAUGAUCGGCUUGUUUAUUUUAUUUUAUUCUGUCACCAAAGGUUCUAUGAAUGUUAGUGGAAAAAUAAAACUACAAAUUGAACGUA